ACGCAAUUUCAAAAUAUUAUGACGUUCGUAUGGUGGUCACACUGUUAACGAAUCUAAACUGUCAAAGAGUUACAAAUUACUUGGAUUUGCUAUAAUUCCGAAAUUUUGCGAUUUGAGAGCGAAAAAUUGAUGUUUCGACUUCAAAAUGGAUGUUAGAACAUCGCCGCAACUACUUAAAAUAGAUGAUAACAGCAAAAUCGAGAUCAACAACACCCCAUUUUCAAUUGGUAGGAGCCUAAACAAUAACUAUGUUAUUUCUAGCAAAUUAGUAUCACGAAAACACUGCGUUUUUACACGUAAAGAGUUAGGAUGGUCCAUUACAGAUUGUAGUACAAAUGGUACCAGACUAAAUGAUGAACUUUUACGUUACACCGAAGCAAAUUUAAAAGAGGGUGAUGUAAUAACCCUAACCUCAGAACCGUUUAUUUACAGAUUUUUGCCUAACAUUAUAGAAAUUGUAGAUAUAACAGAUGAGCAAAUGUGUUAUAUUGCCGAAAGGGUGGAAACCCAAGAAUUGCAAAAAAAACACACUAUAGAAUCUCAAAAUCCCACCACAAAAAAACUAAAAUCGACUGAUGAAACCACAACUAGUGAAAAUAAGGAUGCCAAAGCAGACCAAGUGCCUAUGGAUGAAAUCAAAAAUUCCGAGGGAGCUAGUGCAAAUAAUAGCCACAUGAAUGUAAUCGAAGACGAACUCACUUGUAGCAUUUGCUCUGAACUUUUUAUCAAGGCGGUAACUUUAAAUUGUUCGCACAGUUUCUGCAAACAGUGCAUCGAAAUGUGGAAGAAAAAUAAGAAGAUUUGCCCCAUAUGCAGAGCCCCUAUUACUAAUAUUAAUGCCACUUUAGUUUUGGAUAACUUCAUUUCAAAGACGUUGGAAAAAGCUACAGACGAAGUAAAAGAACACAGGAAAAUAAUUAUGGCGGAAAGAGAGGCCUCGGAGCAGAAAGUCAAACCAGCUGCGCAGAAAAAUGACAAUACUGACAGAGUUCUGCGCAGCACAACUGCCACAGAGGUCAUUGAACUGAGCGACAAUGACUCGUUGUCAGAUGACAGUCUAAUGUACUUUGAAGAGGACAGCGACCUUUCGGUUUCUGAAGAUAAUUACGAUUAUCUAAAUGACGAUUGGUACAACCCCUCGGGCCACAGGGGCUCGCGCCGCCCCUACUAUGGGGGCUACGGGGCUUGUUACACUUGUGGCCAACCUGGCCAUUGGGCCAACAGCUGUCCAGUCCGUCACGCCACAUAAAAUAAAUACCCUACUUUGUUAAUACUAUUCUAAAAUAAACGUUACUUAUAUUUAA